AACUUUGCAAUCUUUGUGACUCGUAUUUUGCGACGAAGUGCAGUGUUUUAUUUUCAGCUUUUUUGAGUGAUCAGUGCAGACUCAAUUUGACCUUGAGUCCUGCUUGAGGGGAUGCAUGUACUAUAUUCGUGUGAUAAAUAUCCUAGCUCACGUGACAUCAAGUAAUUCCAAGAACCCGCGCCGAUUGUAACUGCCAUGAACUGUUUCAGCUCGAUUUUGUCUUAGUCAACUGGAUCGAUUACGACAAAAAGGACAACUUACAGAAUACACCCUUUCUAAUACAGAGGAUCAGUCAUGGAUCUUGCUGAGAAUGACGACCGUAGAGGUAACCUUAGAGAUCAGCAUCUGCAAUCACAUGACGAAGAACUUGAUACAGUUUCAAUCAAUGCCUCAGCAGAAUACCAACCAGCACAGGAUUCCUUUGCAGACCAAGCAAAUGACGAAGAACUUAUUGAGUCAGGAGAAUACCAUCCAGCAAGGGAUUCCUUUGCAGACCAAGGUCCACUAUGUUCCAGACUUCUAGGAGUAACACAAGGCAAUCUUGUAUAUUUUAUCAUUGUACUUUCCCUGGGUGGAGUGCUGUCAUUGUCAGUCACAAUACAAAAACCCCCUGGACUCAUCAAGACUUACAUCAACUGGUUCUUUAUAUGUUGCAUGGGAAUAGCAAUCUUGUGGAUGCUUGGUGUCUUUGUAUCUCGCAACCUUCUUGGUGGAUGCUGCCUGACAGCACGGGAGGAAGGUACCAAAAUCCCCUGCUACAUGAUCAUCGGCUUGACAAUCUUCUGCCUUGGAAGUUGCUUCAUUGCUGGGGUGGACUUUAUUGCAUUUUUGUACACUUUGACAUGUAAAGAACUUGAACAUGACAGUAGCGAGGGCGUGUUUAAUGUGGUGAAAAUAUUAUUUCUGAUUUUCCAGCUGCACUUCUUCUGUCGUCUCUCUGAUGUGAACUUCUACCGACAAUGGUGCACAAGCUUUUUUAUUCUGCAUAUCAUCGCUGUCAACCUGUCAACCUGGUUUUACUACAUAGUGGACGAAUCUGUAGACGAACCAAAGGCUGGUAAUUUCACCAAUUGUAAGAAACUGAAUGACAUGAACAAGUUUGUUACAUCUGCCGACGCAUAUCUAUACACUUUUAACAUCGAAUAUACGGUCAUGUCUUCUGUGUUACUGCUUCUAAUGUGGUUUGAACUCAGGAAGGAUGCUGUCCAAAGUGGAAGGAGGCAAAACCUGGAUAAUUCCUGCUGUUCUUUCUAUGGCUGUUGGGAGAGAUUGAAGGACAUCAUGAAACAACUGUUCCAGUUCAAACCACCUAGUAAUGGUCUUACAAAUUCUGAAAGUGACCAAAUGACCAUGAUCUUCUGGAAACCAGCAGUCUGUGGAUACACUUUUGGUGCUCUGGUAUUCGUAUUUUACCUUGUGCUUAUAGUACUGUCUGCCAUUGAAUACCCCCACAAAUAUUACUUUGUGUUUAGAAUUGUAUUGUUCAUUUUUAUGUUAAUGUCCUCAAUACUUGGAUUGGUGUAUCUGCCAAGGUCAUAUAGUUCUCAAAGUAAGAUUCACACAAGAGUUGAUUCUAUCCUCAUCAUGAUUGGAGUUACUGGUUGCUAUGUGAUGGUAAUAUUUGAAGUGAUCUCUGCAAUUUAUGACAUAAACUCAUCUUCAGAAUGUCAGUUACAUGGCAAUGAAACAACCCCAAAUACUACAUCACUCAGUAUCUCUCUGCCCUCAUUCUGUCCAGUCAUGAAGAUCUUUGUUGCAGACAACAUAGUGGUACUACUUCAGUUCUCUUUCCAGGCGAUCUUCAUAGUAAAAGCCUUGGGGCGUCGCCAAGAGGAUGUCUCCCUGGCAGCUCCCACAGCCUUGGCUAUGGUACGUAAUAUGUCCGCUCUCCUAAGCCUUGGAAACUUUGGGAUUUGGGUAAUGGAUACUUUUGAACUUAAAGACAUUAAGACCCAGGGUGCAAUUGAGAUUGCUGCUUAUGGACUUUCUACUUGGAAGAUUCUUAGCCACAUCGCAUAUCCACUGUGUAUCUUUUUUCGUCUUCAUUCUGCUUUCUGUUUCUUUGAGAUUGCCAUCAAUCGUUUUGGUGUAACAGUGCAUAAGAAAAAUGGGUACAGUGCAAUUUAGGCCCAUCCAAUGCAACUUAUUGAUAGUUAUACUUGGUGCUCAUCUAGGCUGGACAAGUGGCAAUAUUGUACGUACUCUAUAUCAACUUUUCUUUUAACACCAUUAAUGCUAUUUUAAUGUCACUAUUCUCUGCAUAUUGUAUAUUUUUUCUUUUUAUACUACAAAAUUAAUGUCUCUCUUUUUCAUAUAUUAUAAAUGAACAUUUCUAUAUAAAUGUGCUUUUUUUGCUAAAGCAAUAGCAUUUAUAUUCAGUACAAUUCUGCAGUUCAGCAUGUAUUUCAUAACAAUGAUCUAAAAUUGACAGUAUGAAACUAUAAAUAGUCCACUUUUUGUAGCCUUAAAUUCUAGUAUUGAUUUUUGUUGACAAUAACCAUAUCCUUGGCAACAGUACCAGUCACCUUGGCAUUGGAAUCAAUCAUCUUGGUAACAGUAUUAAUCACCUUGACAAAAGUACAAGCCACCUUGGAAACAGUUUUAUAAUCCUCUUGGCAACAGAAUCUGAGAACCAGGCAACAUCAACAAUCACCUUGGUGACAUCAUAAAUCACCUUGGUAACUGUAGUAUCAUAACAUUGGCUUUUCUAAUGCUCCUUGCUUUGAGGUGUUUUCUUGAAGCUGGCUGACAACAACAUUUACAGAUUGUGGUGAUUUUUCCAUGCUGGAUUGUGGUGGCAUAACCCAAACUUCCUCAACAACUGACACAUCGUGACAAUGUGAAUGCCUGCUGUCUUCACUGCUACAUUCACUAUUUGUCCGUCUGUCCUUUGCCACCUUGAUUCCAACACACACAAUCACAGAUAAUGUGCAUACAACCAUACUGAUUAUGAGGAUGUGGAAAAUGAGGCCAACAAUGUUCUGCUUGGCUGUAUCUUCAUACUUUAUUGAAGGGACUGACUCUGUUGUCUGUGGCUUUGACAGGUAGAUAGCAUCUGUAUCUACAGAAGAUAAGAAUAUUAUAUAUUUUUUGAUUAUUAUUCUUGACAAAGUCCUAAGGAGUGGCAAAUGGUCCUUCCAAGUUUUUUUUAGAUGAAAUGGAGAUUUUCAAAUUUGGGAUCCACAAAAAAAUUUGGAUAGAGGUGCAAUACCAAGACUUUGAUUAUUAAAACAAAAGUUGUAGCUUUUCCAGAGUCCAUUUGCCACCCCUUCCAUUUAAGACACAACUAUACACAGCUAAAAAGUUCGAAAAAUCUACUGGCUUUGUACUAGUGUAGUUAAAUAUAAUGUUAUGUCCCUCUCUUUCAAAAUGGAUAUAAACAUUUUGCUAUUGAUGUGUUAAAGAUUAUUAAAUGAGUAGUAUUACUCUAAUUAUAAUUAAAAUUUUGACAAGUAAA